UACAGCCCGAAAAAACCCCCCCCGGCCCCUCCUGUGAGGACCCACAGCAAGGAGAGCCUGGCCCUGAGCAUGAGCAGGACCGUGGCCCUGACCCAGGCGCUGCUGGAGCAGGGGGGAGCUGCGGGGGGCCGGGCUGCGGGAGGAGGGGGCUCGGAGGAGCCCGAGCGGAAGGGGAGGAAGAAUCAGGAGGAUGAGAACGUGCUUAAAGUUGCCGACGCCAAGAAAACUUUUGAGAAGUCCAAGGCGGCGGAAGGGAAGGCGGCAGCUCCCAGCCCGGCCAGGAAAGACACAAUGAGGCGAGUGGUACGACAGAGCAAAUUUCGGCACGUGUUUGGCCAAGCGGUGAAAAACGAUCAGUGUUACGACGACAUCCGCGUGUCCCGCGUUACUUGGGAUAGCUCCUUUUGUGCUGUAAACCCCCGGUUUGUUGCAAUAAUUGUAGAUGCUAGCGGUGGCGGAGCCUUCCUGGUGCUGCCUUUGCACAAGACAGGCAGAAUUGACAAGUCCUACCCAACAGUGUGUGGCCACACGGGACCGGUGCUGGACAUUGACUGGUGUCCUCACAAUGACCAGGUCAUCGCCAGUGGCUCUGAGGACUGCACUGUGAUGGUGUGGCAGAUUCCUGAGAACGGACUCACCCUGUCCCUGACAGAGCCAGUGGUGGUGUUAGAAGGGCAUUCCAAGAGAGUCGGGAUCGUGGCCUGGCACCCGACAGCGCGCAACGUGCUGCUCAGUGCAGGUUGUGAUAAUGCAAUCAUCAUCUGGAAUGUGGGAACAGGUGAAGCCCUCAUAAACCUGGAUGACAUGCAUGUGGAUAUGAUUUACAAUGUGAGCUGGAAUCGCAAUGGCAGCCUCAUCUGUACAGCUUCCAAAGACAAAAAAGUUCGAGUUAUUGACCCCAGGAAACAAGAAAUUGUUGCUGAGAAAGAGAAGACCCACGAGGGAGCGCGGCCCAUGCGCGCCAUUUUCCUGGCGGACGGAAACAUCUUCACAACCGGCUUCAGCCGCAUGAGCGAACGGCAGCUGGCCCUGUGGAACCCUAAAAACAUGGAGGAGCCAAUAGCCCUUCAUGAGAUGGACACCAGCAAUGGGGUCCUGCUGCCAUUCUACGACCCAGACACCAACAUUAUUUACUUGUGUGGCAAGGGUGACAGCAGCAUCCGCUACUUCGAGAUCACGGACGAGUCCCCCUAUGUUCACUACCUCAACACCUUCAGCAGCAAGGAGCCACAGAGGGGCAUGGGCUUCAUGCCCAAGAGGGGCCUGGAUGUCAACAAGUGUGAGAUUGCCAGGUUCUUCAAGCUUCACGAGAGGAAGUGUGAGCCCAUCAUCAUGACGGUUCCUCGCAAGUCGGACCUCUUCCAGGAUGACCUGUACCCUGAUACGGCUGGCCCAGAAGCUGCUCUGGAAGCAGAGGAGUGGUUUGAGGGGAAGAAUGCAGAUCCCCUUCUCAUCUCCUUGAAGCACGGGUACAUUCCAGGCAAGAACAGGGAUCUCAAGGUGGUCAAGAAGAACAUACUGGACAACAAGCCUGCCGCGAACAAGAAAAGUGAUCUCAUAAAUGCUCCAAAGAAAGCAGCUGAUGCCUCAAACUCUCAAAAUGAAGCCAAAUUGGACGAGAUUUUGAAAGAGCUGAAAUCCAUAAAAGACACGAUCACCAACCAAGACGAGCGCAUUUCCAAGCUGGAGCAGCAGAUGGCAAAGAUCGCGGACUGAGCGGGCGAGCGGCGCUGGCCCCGCCGGCCCAGGCACAUUCCAGUUCCCAGUUUGGCCAGCAGCAGCCUGCAGCAUUCCAGUACUGAGCUUUCCUGUUCUCCUGAAUUCCACAUCAACGAGAGCCUGAUGAUUAAAAGCCAAGCUUUUUAGUGAAAGA